AUGGCCGCCCUAAGCACCGACGAGAUCGUCCCUUCGCCCGAAAUAUCCCCUGUAAGCCCAGCCUCGUCCACAGGCCAAAUUCCUUUCGAUCAGCCACCAAAAAUCAAGGGCCGUCGAAAGUUGUUACAGAGUCUUGGCCGCCGUCAGUCUAGUCAGUCGUUGACCCGCCGUGGCCGAUCUGCAUCUACCGGUUAUCGCCGGGAUAAGAAGGGCUCCUUAUCGUGUGUCUCGUUAUCGUCUACAUACUCCCCAUGCGUAGGCAAUGGAAGUCCUGCGCAACUCUAUGGAGGUCUCCAUCCUCGACCGGCUACCCCGGGGUGCUCGGGUGCACCCGAUGAGGCUCAAGAAAUUAACAAUCGGAUUCGUCUGAUGGGUACUGAGCCACCCACGUCGCUGCCCCGUACGGUUCCUUUGCCUUCUGACAUGAGACCUGUCUCUCGCGGUUCCCCUCUCAGCAUUGGAGCGGAUACCGAUGAUGCUGCGGCUGCCGACUUGAUCACAGAGGUGGAUACGGAGCUGACCCUACCCGAUACUCAGCCGGCGAAGACUCUGAACUUCUGGGAAGACAUGCCUGGAGAACUGAAGAUGGAAAUCUUUCGAUACUUGACUCCUUGUGAGAUUGUCCGCUGCGCAGGGGUGUCGAAGAUGUGGAAUGAUAUGUGCUAUGAUGGCCAGUUAUGGGCCAAGGUUGACACGACUGAGUACUAUGACAAGAUCCCUAGCGAGGCCUUGGUCAAACUUAUUACAUCUGGUGGGGCCUUUGUGCGCGACCUCAAUCUCAGAGGCUGUGUUCAGCUACGCGACAAGUGGUCCUCGGAUGGAGAGCGCAUUUCUGAUCUGUGCCGCAAUGUCGUCAACUUCUCUCUUGAGGGCUGUCGCAUCGACAAGACGUCCAUUCACUACUUCCUGCUUCGAAACCCUCGCUUGGAAUACAUCAACGUGUCUGCUUUGUCCAGCGUCACUAACUCGGCAAUGAAGAUCAUUGCUCAGUCUUGUCCCCAGCUCGAGACGUUGAACAUCUCUUGGUGUAGCAAUGUCACUGCCCACGGUCUUCUCAAGGUGGUCAACUCUUGUCCACGGUUGAAGGAUCUUCGCGCCAGUGAGAUUCGGGGGUUUGCUAAUGAAGACUUUGCCCUGACUCUUUUUGAAAAGAAUACCUUGGAGCGGUUGAUAAUGAGCCGCACUGACCUCUCGGACGCGAGCUUAAAGAUCUUGAUGCAUGGCAUCGACCCGCCUCUGGAUGUACUGACCAACCGACCCAUUGUGCCACCUCGACGACUUCGACACUUGGAUGUGCAUCACUGUCCAGACAUCAGCGAUGACGGUUUGAAGAGCCUGGCCGGAAAUGUCCCGGAUCUGGAAGGACUGCAGUUGUCGCAGUGCUCGGAGUUGACUGAUGAAUCUAUCAUCGAGGUCAUUCGCACGACACUGCAUCUCUCCCAUCUGGAAAUCGAAGAUCUGGAUGGUUUGACAAACAACGUUCUCACUGAGCUCGCAAAAUCACCAUGUGCGCAGACUCUGGAACACCUCAAUGUCAGUUACUGUGAAAAUCUUGGCGACCCAGGAAUGCUGCAAGUCAUCAAGAGUUGCCCAAAGCUGCAGUCCAUCGAAAUGGACAACACACGUGUCUCCGAUCUAUCUCUUAUGGAGGCAAGCUACCGGGUGCGCAAGCGCGGCUACGGUGCCGAUGUUCCUAAGAUCGGUCUUCGGCUGGUCGUCUUUGACUGCGCUAAUGUGACCUGGGCGGGUGUCAAGGAAGUUCUUUCCAGCAAUUGCUUUAUUCCCCGCUCCCGUAAGCCGGCACCCACGAUUGUGACUGUCACUCAAGCAUCAGACGCCGACUCUCCAACGACAACGACUUAUGUCACGCCGGUGUCCACCCCUUCCCCCUCGCCCACCUACCCCAACCAGAUCAUUCAGCUCAAGUGCUUCUACGGAUGGCAGAUGACCGUUGACGAGCACACCAAGCGCGUCCUACGCGGUGAUUUGGCCUCCGCAAGCCGCCUUGACCGCAAAUGGGCCGACUACAUGAUGGCGAAUGAGGAAGCAGGCGCUGCUGGUGCGGGUGCUCGCCGCCGGCGACGCCGCGCUCGCGAGGCCGAGCGACUCUACAACGCCGAUGAAGACGACGAUGAUGAUACCUACGGCGCUGGUACUUUCUCUGCCCUUGGCGGUCGGCGUCGCCGUGCUCAAAGCGGCUGUGUUGUCAUGUAA